AUGGCUUCUCUUCUAUCCUUUUCUCUCCCUAAAGCUUUUGUAACUAGAGCUUCUUCAUCCAUCACGGCAACAGACACGGCCUCUUUUCCCGAGACUCUAGACGAGAAGUUUGGAAGAAAAGGUAUUGCAUUCUUUGAAUCCGCUGAUGUUCCAACUGUUGAGCUGACAGUUAGAAAUGGAAGCUCACUGAAACUUCAAAUACCCAAUGGCCAUGUCACUUCUUACAAGCCUAAAGUCUACUGGAAAGACAAUGGGUUUGAGGAGGUUCUCUAUACUCUUCCUGCCAAGGGGACGGGGGCGGGUUCUACCAACGCUAAAGGUGGUAUUGGUUUGGUCAUCAAUGAGUUGUCUGAACAAAAUUCUAAAGGUUCUGCUCUCAAGACUUCUGAAUGGACAGUAAAGGAUGUUGAUUCAGAUUCCAUUGAUGCUCUCCAGGUUGAAUUGGGCUGCAGCAGCGAAACUGUUGAAAUAAUCUAUGUAGUGUCACUAUAUCCGUUAAGCAUGUCAACAGCGGUUAUAGUGAAAAACAAUGGGCGCAAGCCUAUAGACCUGAACACUGCUAUACUGAGUCAUUUCAAGUCGAAAAAAAGAGGCGGGACAGGAGUCCAAGGAUUGCGAGGCUGCUCUUACUGCACACACCCACCUUUGUCUUCACCUUUUGAAAUUAUGUCUUCAUCUGAAGCUAUGAAAUCUGAGGAUCCUGGUUUGUUCUCUUUCGGCUGGGAGCCAGAAAAGAAACAAGGAAUAUGGAGUGUACAAGACGUGCCAAUUACUGUUUUGAAGCAUAAGCUUAGUAGAAUCUAUGCUGCCCCACCAGUAGAAAGAUCAAAGUCAUUCCACGCAAGUGCACCUUCCAAAUAUGAAGUCAUUGAUCAGGGGCGUGAGCUCUUCUUCAGGGUAAUAAGGAUGGGUUUUGACGAAAUAUAUUUGUCUAGCCCAGGUUCACUCUCAGACAAGUAUCGGAAGGACUAUUUUAUCUGCACAGGCCCUGCUUCAAUGUUGGUUCCAGUGACGGUCAACCCGGGUGAAGAGUGGCGAGGGGCACAAGUUAUAGAGCACGAUAAUUUGUAA